UGUUGAAAGUCGAUUGAUUAAUCGUGUUUUAGUAUUUUGAAUGUUGCAGUGUUGUUUAUCCUUUCAAUCAGCUUCUUGUUGAGAUGUGAAUUUCCUUUGAGCUUUAUUUGUUUAAUAAAAUAGAUGUAAAAUUAAACUGUCCCGAUUCGGGAUUUUUCUAUUAUAUACCACCAUUAUCAAUGUAUGUCUGCUGACUGCAAUUUUAUACAUAAACCACCAGGAAAAAGAAAGUGUAAACAAGAAAUCUGAUGUGACGAAAACGUUACAAACGUUAUCAAGACGUUAUAUCCUGCAAACACUCGCCCAAACGUUAUCAUGACGUUAUAUCCUGCAAACACUCGCACAAAUGUUACAAACGUUAUCAAGACGUUAUAUCCUGCAAACACUUGCACAAACGUUACAAACGUUAUCAAGAUGUUAUAUCCUGCAAACACUCGCCCAAACAUUAUCAAGACGUUAUAUCCUGCAAACACUCGCCCAAACGUUACAAACGUUAUCAAGACGUUAUAUCCUGCAUACACUCGCCCAAACGUUAUCAAGACGUUAUAUCCUGCAAACAUUCGCCCAAACGUUAUCAAGACGUUAUAUCCUGCAUACACUCGCCCAAACGUUAUCAAGACGUUAUAUCCUGCAUACACUCGCCCAAACGUUAUCAAGACGUUAUAUCCUGCAAACACUCGCCCAAACGUUACAAACGUUAUCAAGAUGUUAUAUCCUGCAUACACUCGCCCAAACGUUAUCAAGACGUUAUAUCCUGCAAACACUCGCCCAAACGUAACAAACGUUAUCAAGACGUUAUAUCCUGCACACACUCGCCCAAACGUUUACAAACGUUAUAAAGACGUUAUAUCCUGCACACACUCGCCCAAACGUUACAAACGUUAUCAAGACGUUAUAUCCUGCAAACACUCGCCCAAACGUUAUCAAGACGUUAUAUCCUGCACACACUCGCCGAAACGUUAUCAAGACGUUAUAUCCUGCAAACACUCGCCCAAGCGUUACAAACGUUAUCAAGACGUUAUAUCCUGCAAACACUCGCCCAAAAACGUUAUCAAGACGUUAUAUCCUGCAAACACUCGCCCAAACGUUACAAGCGUUAUCAAGACGUUAUAUCUUGCACACACUCGCCCAAACGUUAUCAAGACGUUUUAUCUUGCAAACACUCUCCCAAACGUUAUCAAGACGUUAUAUCUUGCACACACUCACCCAAACGUUAUCAAGACGUUAUAUCCUGCAAACACUCGCCCAAACGUUACAAACGUUAUAUCCUGCAAACACUCGCCCAAACGUUAUCAAGACGUUAUAUCCUGCAAACACUCGCCCAAACGUUAUCAAGACGUUAUGUCCUGUAAAAACACUCGCCCAAACGUUAUGAAGACGUUAUAUCCUGCAAACACUCGCCCAAACGUUACAAACGUUAUCAAGACGUUAUAUCUUGCACACACUCGCCCAAACGUUAUCAAGACGUUAUAUCCUGCAAACACUCGCCCAAACGUUAUCAAGACGUUAUAUCCUGCAAACACUCGCCCAAACGUUAUCAAGACGCUAUAUCCUGCAAACACUCGCCCAAACGUUAUCAAGACGUUAUAUCUUGCACACACUCGCCCAAACGUUAUCAAGACGUUAUAUCUUGCACACACUCGCCCAAACGUUAUCAAGACGUUAUAUCCUGCAAACACUCGCCCAAACGUUAUCAAGACGCUAUAUCCUGCAAACACUCGCCCAAACGUUAUCAAGACGUUAUAUCCUGCAAACACUCGCCCAAACACUAAGCCAAAGGGUCUGAACACGACAAUGAUAUCCAUAUCAAAUACAUCACUACAGCAAACCAAACUAGAUAGCAUAUGACUGUAUAAACAAUUCAAUGACUGUAUAAACAAUACAAUUAAAACAUAACAUGAU